UAGGCGGCGCGGGGCGGCCGGCAUGGAGCUCCCGGAGGCGCGGCAGGGACCAGCGCUCGGCGGCACAGCGGCCGUGGCAGCCCCGAUUUCCUCCAGCCGCCACUCCUUGCUUCGUGUCCCCGGUCCCUAGACGCCUCUUCCCUGCGUCUAUGGAUUCAGUACAGACCGAACAGAUGCUGAGGUUGCCUACAGAGGUAGGCAGCAACAACUUAGAGCUGACAGAGCCGGCGGAGCCGGUGGCAUCAGCGGCCCGUGUAAACACGAGUUCCCACCCGGAGGAGGCUACAGAGGGCUCCGCACCUCUACCGUCGCGGGGGCCCGAGCAAGAGCGGCCUCCGAGGACCCCAACGCCGGAGUGCAAAGUCCUGCUCACACAAGCCGACGCCUUGGCAUCCGGGGGACGCCUCCGGGAAGCCCUCGAGGUGUACAGACAGCUCUCAGAACGGCAGCAGCUGGUGGCCGAGCAGCUGGAGCAGCUGGUGCGCUGCCUGGCAGAGAACGUCCCGCAAGGCGAGACACUCGGGCCGGCGCCCCCGGACGGGAGCAGCGCUGAAAGCCGCGCGGUGGCGGCAGAAGAGACAGGAGCGGCAGCGGCCGCGGCGGCCACCGAGGUGUGGGACGGCUUUAAGUGCCGGAAGUGUCAUGGAUUUCUAUCAGAUCCUGUGUCCUUGUCGUGCGGCCACACCUUUUGUAAACUGUGCCUGGAACGUGGGCGGGCAGCCGACCGGCGCUGUGCGCUGUGCGGGGUCAAGCUUUCCGCGCUGAUGGUGGCCACGGGGAGGGCGCGCGGGACGCGGCGGGCUGGGCAGCAGGCGCCGCCGCCGCUGCGGGUCAACGUGGUGCUCAGCGGCCUCCUCGGCAAGUUGUUCCCGGGCCCGGCGAGGGCGUCGCAACUCCGGCACGAGGGCAACCGGCUGUACCGAGAGCGCCAGGUGGAGGCGGCGCUGCUCAAGUACAACGAGGCGGUUAGGCUGGCUCCAAAUGAUCACUUGCUUUAUAGCAACCGGUCUCAAAUUUAUUUCACCUUGGAGUCUCAUGAGGAUGCACUGCAUGAUGCAGAAAUAGCAUGUAAGCUCCGCCCAAUGGGUUUUAAGGCACACUUCAGAAAAGCCCAAGCCUUAGCCACCCUGGGUAAGGUGGAAGAAGCACUAAGGGAGUUUCUCUAUUGUGUGUCGCUCGAUGGGAAGAACAAGAGAGCAAGAUCUGAAGCCCAGAGGGAAAAUCCAGAGCUCCCGCAUUGUUCUAGUCAGGAGGAAGCAGCUGCCAGGGAAAAUGGCAGCAACCUGAUGAACCCAGCUAAAGUAAAAGCAGACGGUCAACAAGACAACAUGAAAAACCAGGAAGAAGAUGAGGAGGAAAAGCAGGGUGCUACUUCUCCAAAAGUUGCCUCCAUUAAGACUGGCAAAUGCCAAGAAAAGAAGAGGAAACAUUGCCAAAUUGAAUCCCCAGAAGACACAGAGAUGCCUAAUAAAGCCUCUAAGCAAGAUCCUCCUGCUAAUCAGGGGUCCAAACCUGCUCUCAGCAUCCCACUAGCAUCUUUCGACGCAUCUGACCUUGAAUGCUCCCUGUGUAUGAGAUUAUUUUAUGAACCAGUUACAACACCUUGUGGGCAUACCUUUUGUUUAAAAUGUCUUGAAAGAUGUCUAGAUCACAACGCAAAGUGUCCAUUAUGCAAAGAUGGUCUUUCACAGUGCUUGGCAUCAAGAAAAUACAGCAAAAAUGUAAUAAUGGAGGAGCUGAUAGCUAAAUUCCUUCCAGAAGAACUCAAAGAACGAAGGCGGGUUUAUGAAGAGGAAAUGGAAGAACUUUCUAACUUAAAUAAGAACGUGCCUAUUUUCGUGUGUACUAUGGCCUAUCCCACUGUUCCUUGUCCCCUGCACAUCUUUGAGCCUUGUUACCGCCUGAUGAUUCGUAGAUGCAUUGAGACAGGCACAAGACAGUUUGGCAUGUGCCUUGGAGAUCCUGUCAAGGGAUUUGCAGAAUAUGGUUGCAUCUUAGAGAUCAGAAAUGUUCAAUUCUUUGCUGAUGGUCGCUCAGUGGUUGACAGCAUAGGCAAGAGACGCUUCAAGGUGCUCCAUCAGGGCCAGCGGGAUGGCUACAACACAGCUGACAUUGAAUACAUCGAAGACCAAAAGGUUCAGGGAGAGGAUUGUGCUGAGCUCAUGGGAUUACAUAACUGUGUCUAUGAGCAAGCGUCAUCGUGGUUUCAUUCACUCAAAUCAUCCCUGAAGAAUCGGAUACUCAAUCACUUUGGUCCAAUGCCAGAGAAGGAUGCUGAUCCCCAGAUUAACCCGAAUGGUCCAGCCUGGUGCUGGUGGACAUUAGCAGUUCUUCCCUUGGAAAGCCGAGCUCAACUCCCGUUCCUAGCAAUGAGGUCCUUAAAGGAUAGACUGAAUGGCAUUCGGCGAGUCCUGGCCUUUAUAUCCCGAAACCAAAACUAGUGAGUGGAUUGCUGAAGAGAAGCUACCAGACCUCCCCCACUGUCCUGGAGGGAGGAGUCUUCUUGUAAAUAUAUCUAAUUGCAAUAACAUCUUAACUGAAGGGGGUAUUAAACAGGGGCAUUAGCCUGCUGUUGAUCACAGAGAGGAGGCAAGUAGAAAGACCAAAAGAAUGUGACCUGUUCGAAACUUUCUGUCUUAAGAUGCUUCUUGACAUGCUGCACAACUACAUAAACAGCAGAGGCAUUUAAGCGCCCAGGGGAAAAAAAAUCGAUUUUAACAUAAAAUUUUCUGAAAGUUUAAA